AUGCCGCACACUUCGCCGUACCCACCGGUACCCAUUCCGGAGGUCGACAUCUGGACGUUGGUCUUUGAGCGCAAGGCCAAGGCCUUUACUGACAGCAAAGAGAUCAUCACGGAUGGCGACUCGGACCGCAGCUACUCGUUUGGCGAGCUGCGCAGCGCGGCGCUUGCCUUUGGUCGGGGCCUACAGGAGCUCUGGGGCUGGAAGCAUGGCGACGUGCUGGCCUUUUACACGCCCAACUGCAUCGACACGCCGCCGGCAACAUUGGGGCUGUUGUGGGCCGGCGGCAUCGCCACGCCGGCGAAUCCAUUGUACACGGAAAAGGAGCUGACAUUCCAGCUGCGCGACGCCGGUGCCAGUGCCAUUGUCACGCAGCUAUCCUUUCUCGAGACGGCGCGCCGCGCCGCCAAGGCCGUCGGCAUCCCGGACGAGCGCAUUAUCUUAGUCGGCGACAAACAGGACCCCUCGGGCACAUUCCGGCACUUUAAUGACUUUGUCAGCGUCGGCAGCCCAGGACGCGGCCGUAGCACAUCGACCGUUGCCAUCGACCCGCGUCGUGACCUCGCCUUUCUCGUCUACAGCUCCGGCACCACCGGACUGCCCAAGGGCGUCUGUCUCACGCACCACAACAUCGUGGCCAAUGUGCUGCAGUUCUGUGCCAUGGACGGCCCUUACUUCCAUCCGCAUGGAGGCCACGACGGAAAGGGUGAUAAGGGACUGGGCGUGUCGCCUUUUUUCCACAUCUACGGCCUCGUCUGCAACAUGCUCGUGUUUGUCUAUAUGGGCUGGCAGCUGGUGGUGAUGUCGCGCUUCGACAUGGAGCGGGCGUGCCAGCUCAUCGAGAAGCACAAGGUCACGUUCGCAUACUUCCCGCCGCCCAUCAUCCUGGCCUUCUCCAAGCAUCCGGUGGUGGACCAAUACGACGUAACGUCCAUUCGGCUCUUCCACUCGGGCGGGGCGCCGCUGACCACGGAGCUCGCCACAGCGCUCUGGGACCGACUGAAGAUUCCGGUCAAGCAGGGCUACGGCCUUUCCGAGACGUCGUCGCUCUCACACAUGCAGACGCCAGACGAGUGGGGCAAGUUUAUGGGCUCGGUGGGCAAGCUGGCGCCCAACAUGGAGGCCAAGAUUGUGGACCCCGACAGCGAGCUCGAGGUGGCCGACGGAGAGACGGGCGAGCUCUGGCUCAAGGGGCCCAACGUCUUCACACAGUACCUGAAUCUGCCCGAGAACACGCGCGCCACCAUGUCCUCGUGCGGCUACUUCAAGACGGGAGACAUCUUCCGCCGGGACAAGCAUGGAAACUACUACUGUGUGGACCGGCUGAAGGAGUUGAUCAAGUACAAGGCUUUCCAGGUAGCACCGGCAGAGCUCGAGGGCGUGCUGCUCGGCCACGACGACAUUCUAGACGUCGGCGUCAUCGGCAUCGAAGACCGCGCCCAGGCCACAGAGGUGCCGCGUGCGUACGUGGUGCUUAAGCCGGGUCAUGCGCGCAGUGCAGACAAGGCGGCCGAGAUUGUCGCGUGGCCAGCUGGCCAUACGGCUCCGCACAAGAAGCUGCGUGGAGGGGUGCACUUUGUCGACAGCAUUCCCAAGUCUGCAAGCGGCAAGAUUCUGCGACGUGUUUUACGGGGCCGCGCUCUUGAAAAGGCCGGGUCGGUUGCGAAGCUGUAG